AUGUCCAUAAGCGCCGAAGGCAUCUAUGCCGCACUUCCGUCCACAUCCAGAGGCUUGCCAACCCCUCUAAGCUCAGACUCCAAGGGCGAGCGCAUUGCGUACGCUGCGAACAAGUCCAUAUUUCUUCGAUCCAUCGACAAUCCUGCUAUUUCCACUCAGUAUACCCAACACACAACCACCACCACCGUUGCGAGAUUUGCCCCUUCUGGCUUUUAUUGUGCCUCUGGCGAUGCCUCAGGAGUUGUUCGGGUCUGGGACUGCUCACCCAAUGGAUCAGGAGCGACGAAGGGGGAGUACGCCAUCAUAUCAGGCCGGAUCAACGACAUCGCGUGGGAUGGUGACAGCCAGCGCAUUAUAGCAGUAGGAGAUGGAAAACAACGUUAUGGACACUGCGUGACGGCGGACUCAGGCAACACAGUAGGGGAGAUAAGCGGACACUCUGCACAGGUCAAUGCUGUCAGCAUAAGACAACAAAGACCCCUGCGAGCAGCGACAGGAGGUGAUGAUAAGAACUUGGUCUUCUAUCAUGGGGCUCCAUUCAAAUUCAAUGGCAUCCCUGGUCGAGGAAACCACACAAAUUUCAUCUACGGAGUGGCCUUCUCACCCGACGGCAAUCACUUGCUCAGUGUCGGCGGGGACAAGAAGAUCUAUCUAUAUGACGGUAAAACUGGGGAGGUGAAGACUGAGAUUGCGGACAGCGCAGAAGGCCACAAUGGCAGCAUUUUUGGAGUCUCCUGGUCCAAAGAUUCGACGCACUUUGUGACAAGUUCCGGAGACCGGACUGUCAAGACCUGGGAUGUGGAAGCUGGGAAAGUCACCCAUACCUGGAGUUUUGGCGAUGCUAUGGCUGUUUCAGAUCAGCAAGUCGGCGUCGUAUGGCCGGGGGGCAGGUCAGAUGGACUGAUUAUAUCUCUAUCCCUCAGCGGCGACCUCAACUACUUAAACAGCGGCUCAGGCAAACCUACCAAAAUUGUUUCAGGUCAUCAGAAGAACAUCACUGCGCUUACGUCUUCCGGAGAUGGUGAGAAUGCAACCUUGUGGACUGGCAGUUACGAGGGCCGAUUGUGCUCUUGGGAUGCUGCAAAAGGUACGGCGGAGACAAUCGAAGGGGAUGGACCAACCAACAUCAUUUCGGGACUUGCUGCUGCGCCCUCUGGGAAGCACCCUCAAGUCUUUAGUGUCAGCUGGGAUGACACCUUGAGAACCGUCGAUGCCGGAGCAAAGACAUUCACGGGGAAAUCGACCAAAUUGUCGUCGCAGCCAAAGGCUUUGACUUGCACGACGGAUUCUCUGGUUGUGGUAGCUCAACUAGAAAGUGUCAUUGUCUACAGAGAUGGAGAAGAAGACGGCGAGCUGCCCUUGAAAUCAACGCCCACAUCUCUUGCAUCUCAUGGUAGCACUGUCGCGAUCGGUUCUCAGGAUUCCAGCCUUCGCCUAUUCUCAGUUGUGCCAGGAAAAGCGCCCAAGCAGAUCGCGUUUGUCGAACAGGUUUCUGCUCAUCCACUCACGGCUAUAUCAUUUUCACAUGAUGGGUCGAUGGUGGCAGCCGGUUCCGCUGCAGGGAAAAUCUACGUCUACAAGAUCAGCACUGGAAUCACAGGUCUGGUUACCGGGACCUCCUCGCUCGAGCUUGUGACCGAUCGGUGGAGUGCCCAUACGGCGAAGAUCACCUGUAUCGCCUGGAAUCCGGAAGGUACAGGAGCGGCUUCUGGCAGCUUAGAUACUAAUAUCUUUGCCUGGAGUCUGAAGGAACCUGGAAAAAGGGUAAAGGAGACGAACGUACAUAAAGAAGGGGUGAAUGGUCUUGUCUGGCUCGGAGACACCGUGUACAGUACAGGAGCAGAUGCCACGGUCAAGAAAUGGAAGAUCAAGAUAGCUUAG